UCGGCAGUAGAGGGCGUAUAUCCUGGCAACGCGCGACGCAGUCAACAAUAUAUGGCGGAUUAUCAAGAGAUCAUUUGGAAAUAUUUGAACGAUAUAUAAUUACAUGGCUAUUUUAACUUUCACAGUAGUGGUAUGACAGGAAUCAAGAUUGUUGUAAUUGACCAUCACUAAGCCCGGCAGCAUGGAGGUGGACGAAAGGCUGAGAUUCCUUGAGACUCGAAUCACGUCAAGCCUUCGUCCUAGGAAUGAUGACCUCAAAGCCCUCUUUGCUGGAGAUGAAAACAGACAUGCAUUUCUGGAGUUCUGCAACAACGAAGACGUCCGCAGACUCUUCAUCUACACCAGGGAGCCCAAGAACACGCUCGUGGCCUCUCUCCUUCCACCGCAGGACGUUAGGUCCAAGGGGGUCAUCUUCAUCAAGACCAAUCAGGCCACUAAGCUGACCAAAGAGAACAUCAGAACGGAUGUGGUAUUUUCGGACAGUAAUAAAUUAGUACUCAAUCAGCUGGAACUACUUUCUAAAGAAUUGUACCUACCCCUGCUGUGUACGGAUGGAGUGCAGACCUAUGGCGGGGUUAGCUCAGACAAGCUCAUGGACAUCCUUCACAGAUUGAUGGCCAAUACCAACGUCACAGAAGGGCAUGUGGAGGGUCAAAUCAGCCUGCCCCUGCCAUCCAUCGAGGUGCUGACCGAGGCAGCAAGUAACGCCAACAGAAGGUCAGCGGUCAUCCAUGUCCUGGAGUCAACAGUGGUCGGCUGGAUCAAGCAGAUUAAGCUUGUGUUAAAACACGAACCCCUCUCUGACCUGCGAGAAAAGUUUGGAGUGCGACCUUUCCCCUUGGACGAGGUCAACCUGUGGCGGCAACGUCAAGAGAAACUGCUCUCUAUCAACAAACAGUUAGAUUCACCAGUGGCAAGCAACAUCCUUCUCAACUUAGACGACGCCAACAGCACCUAUUCACAUUCCUUCCAUAACGUACGCAGGGAGAUCGGACAGGCUUUAGCAGAGACCAAUGAGAAUUUGAUGUUCCUGGUAACCCUUCUUCCAUGGUUUGAACGCCUACAUGCAGCCUCUCAACCCAAAGAACUGAUGACAGUCUUUCCACCCCUUGUACACACACUCAUGCUGGUCUGGUCUCACUCAAGGUACUAUCAUCAUGACUUUGUGUUCCACAACCUUCUGGAGUUGGUAUCCAAUGAGGUGGUAGCCAGGGCACAGUCUCUGGUGGGUGAGAACAUCCUCAAGAAUACAAUACAGUCUUAUGCAGGUCUGAAGGAAGCCCUCAAGGUCUGCGCAGCUUACCGGGGAACGUACCUAGACAACAAGGACAAAGCUGAUGAACUCAACGCUGAAAGGGUCUCAGAGACCGCCGAGGCAAUGAACCUGAACCCACCCAAGGGAGUGCUCUACAACAGCCGUCUCUACAGCGGCGCUCAGAAGCGACCUCCGACCCGGCAGUCGGCUACAGAGGUGUGGCGAGACACAAGCACCAACAGCGCAGUGGUGAUCAAUGAGGAUGAGUGGAGCGAUUCACCGUGGCCUCCAAGGAACGCUCCUUGCUUCAACCUGCUGAACAGCUUCAUGGAGAGAUGCAACGACUUACUAGAGCUGGUCCAGACCACCAGGCACUUCAACCUCCUCCAGAAGGCCGCCGAAGUGGGCGGGGCUGGAACCAAGAGCUUAGAUGCCCUCGUCAGAGAGAUCCAUCUUGAGUUCACGACCUCCAUGGAUCACUUCGGGUCAGAGGUCAAGGAUAUCUUGGACAUCACAGAGAGCCAGGCCUUUGAGAGGGCAUUCUUCAUGUUCAGAUCUGUCGUAAAAGACCUUGAGAGACGAUUAGCGAGUGUCCUGCGGCAGAGCUUCUGCCAGUGUCCCUCCAUCGGUUCCCAGCUGCGUCUCCUGGAGGUCUUUGAGGGUGUCAGCGGCCGAGAGAUGGUCCAGGAAUACCUCAAGGACAAGGACCGGGCCCUGAUCAAUUCCUUCACCAACGAGCUGAUAGCCGUCCGGACCAUGUUCAUUGCCAAGUCCAGCGAGCCCCCGCUCCAUGCCAACCUGCCACCCAUCGUCUGCAAGCUGACCUGGGUCGGAGCACUCAAAAAGCGGAUCAAGGAACCCAUGGCAAAACUGAAGAGGGUCAGUCCACACUCUCUGGAUGGGGAUGCUGGCUGGCAUCUGAGGGACAUUUUUAAUGACAGCAUGACCGACCUGGAUAAGUAUGAAGAGAAGAGUGUGAGUGAUUGGCAGAGGAUGCUACACAGUGAGCUCAGGGAUAGACUCAAGCAGCCAUUACUGACGGCUGAAGACUACGACGAAGAGACCGAACUCCGACCCCAGGUCCUGCACGUAAACCUUGACCCCGAGUUGCUGCUCCUACUCCGUGAAGUCCACUACCUCGCCCAGGCACCCUUCAACGUCAAGCUCCCCGACGGUGUAAGAGAACUCCUGAGGCACACCGACGGGGCGACGCUACGCACGACAGCGGCCAGGCUAGAAACUAUAGUGUCCAAGUAUAACCAGGCCAUGAGGUCCAUUGUGGAUUUCGAGAGACCUCUGUUUGAGAGAAAGCUAGGCAAAAUCGACCAUCUGCUGGAGCAAGGUCUGAGUCACUACACCUGGAAGACGACGGAGAGCGCCGAUUUCAUCGAGCUCGCCUCGUCCCUGGUCGGAGCUGACCUCCACCGGACGCUGGCCAUCGUCCAGUCCAACUGCCAAGAGAUGGUGGAGAUUACGCAGAAGUGGUCAAGCGGGGCACUGGACGUCUAUGAAUGCAGGGCACCGAUUGUCAGCUAUUCCAUGGAUAAGUUGCUGGAAUGGCAAAGGUCCCUGAAUGAAGAAAUGGAGAGACUUAUCAAGCCCUCGGGUCUACGGAUCCAUGCCAUGCUGCAGAACUCGUUUGAGGUGGUCCAGAUCAGUCGGGCCUCUCCAGCCUGGGAGGAGUACGUGGACCACAUCGAUGCCCUGGUCCUGGAUGGACUCAAGCAGACCUGUCUGAAGAGUCUCAGGUCCAUGCUCAACACCCUGGUCCUGGCAAACGUGUCUGAGACCGAAGAGCCAAACAUCCCAAUCUUGACCAUACGCAUGGAGCUGGUGGAAAACACAGUGACCUACACCCCUCCCCUUGACCAGAGCACCGCAGUGACCAGCGUCCUGGAGAACGUCAACCGAUGGCUGGAGCAGUUCAGGGCUCGAGGGGCACUGGUCAAGAUGCUCAGCCCUCUGGCAGAGGGAGGAUACAAGGAUUACAUCAGUGUAGAUGAUGAGGUCAUUGAACUUUGUGAGAAGAUCAUCAGUCUGGUCAGAGAGAACAGUGAAGAAUGCAAGAAACUCCUGGAGCUCUUCAAGAGUUACACCUUUUUAUGGAUGCAUGACAUCAAUGAGACAUUUGAUGAGUUCCUUCAUGGCCGCUUGACCCCCAAUCCGCUCCGUGACCCUCAGAAACUCAGUCCGUCUGCACGCCUGAGGUCAGCUGCCUCCGAGCGCUCGGUCAAGUCUGCUCACAGUGGAAGGGCAAGUUCUGCAUCUAACUACAGCAUCAGUCACACAGGAGCCAUGGGAACAGCAGAGAAGGCUUUCCUCUCACCCAAAGAUGAAGACGAGGAGGUUGAUGUGCCGUCCCUUGACCUGUUUGAUAGCGAGAUUGACAUAUACAUGACUGCCCGAGAUGAGAUCGUUGCAGUGGUAGAUCAGCGUGAUGUGGGCUGGACCCGUUGUGACCUGGAACCAAUCAAGCAGGUCCUGACGACCUACGCCAGCCGGUGGAUGUGGACCUUUACCAAGUAUCUCUCAGAUCAGGUGACUGCACUGCUCCAGGAUCUGGACUUCUUCCUGAAGCGCAUUGAGCCUGAGAUUGAGUGUAUCUCAGGAGAGGAGAGAGAUACCGCCUCCUUCAUGAAGAUGAUGCGCAUAUUCAAUGAGGUCUCUGCCAAACAACAGGAGAUGGACGGUCAGUUCACUGCCAUGAACAGAACGGUCCUGCUUCUCAAGAAGUAUGGCCAGGCCCUGCCGGAGAGGACUAAGUCCCUCUACGACGCAGCCCCAGGCCGAUGGAACAACCUCAAGACCAAGGUCUCCCUCGCCAAGCAGAGACUUGGACCAAGAAUCCAGGGAGAAUCAGCCAGUAUCACAAAGGACCUUGCUGAGUUUGGUGAGCGAGUGGAAGCAUUGAACUCUGCCCUCGCUGCGUCAGAGGUCUACACCUGGGAGUGCUUCCUGGACGAUGCCUUCUCUGAGAUUGACAAGUUUCAGAGGAAGCUGGAGGAGCUAGACAAUGAAGCACAGGACUUGAUUGAGCUUCAGGAUCUGCUGGAGACAGCUGUAGUGAACUUCACCAUCUUGCCAGAGUGCCGUCAUGAGCUACACAACCUGCAUGAGGUCUGGGACACCGUGAGAACCCUGCAAGAGCAACAGCAGGAGUGGAAGCAGGAGAGAUGGCAGACCAUGAACACCAAAUACCUCAGGGAAGCUACCAAUGAUCAACUAACGACUGUCAAGACGUUACCUGAUGAGACGCAUAGCUGGGAUGUGACACGAGGCCUAGAGGAAUCAAUUCUUGUCAUCCAGGCAUGUCUUCCAUUGAUUGAGGACCUGAGCAACCCCGCCAUGAGGACCAGACACUGGAAGCAGCUAGUGCGGGUCACUGGGGGCGCCCUUGUCAUUGACAAUGAGAGCCUCAUCAACAUGACCUUUGGUCAACUACUUCAACUUGGUCUGCAAAACCAUGUGGAUGAAGUAAGGGCCAUUGUUCAGAGAGCUGUCAAGGACGUCACAAUAGAAAGUGCUCUCAAGACCUAUGAAGAGAUCUGGCUCAGCAAACUCUUUGACCUUCGACCUCAUGUUCGGCACAUCGUAGUAGGGACCAGCGAGAAGAACGACAAAGAUCAACAUUCCGACACCAAGAGCGAGAUGUCCCAGAGCCAGAGUGACCUCGGUACUGCCAUCACGGAUACACGAUCCCGACGUCGGACCAUGAGCAGGAUGUCAGCCCUGACCCUCGGAGCUGGCCGUCAGAAGAGGGCCAGUGUCUCCUCUCUUCCAGCGUCUCUGCUCAACUUAGGAGAUGACAAUGGAAACCUAUUCCUGCUGAAGGACACCGACCCCAUCUUCACCGAGCUGGAGUCCCACCAGGUGGCCCUCCAGGGCAUGCAGAGCAGCAGUGCAGCAGGGUCCUUCCUGGAUGAAGUCACCAAGUGGCAAAAGAGGCUACAGACCAUUGAGGCAGUCCUGACCGUGUGGCUGGAGGUCCAGGAGAAGUGGGUGGAGCUAGAAGAAGUAUUCAGUGGAGCUGAUGUAAGAGCGUCUCUGUCUCAUGAAGCCAGUCUGUUCACUUCAGCAAACAGAGACUUCAGACUCUUCAUGAGGGCAUCAGAGAAGAAUCCUAAUGUCCUGCAAUGCUGUCAGAGAAAAUCUAUCCUUGGCCUCCUUGAGAAGAUGAACAGCAACUUGGAGAUCUGCAGACGUUCCCUGCUCCAGCACCUUGAGAGACGGAGGCAGAGGUUCCCUAGAUUCUACUUUCUAUCCAUGGAGGAUGUGCUUCACAUCGUCUGCAAUGGCUAUGACCUUAACCAGGUGAACCUGUACCUUCCUAAGCUGUUUGAGAACCUUGGUCGGUUGGAGUUUGAGAACAACGCGUCAGAGGCUGCAGAAUGUAACUUCCAGGUGACGGGUCUGACAAGCAUGCUGGGAGAAAAGCUACCCCUCAAACAGGUUGUAUCCUGUGAGGGCCCCAUCGAAAACUGGCUUGGCAACCUCAUCCCCAUGAUCAAGACCUCCCUGCAGCAUCAACUGGCCUCAGCCCUGGCCCAUGAGACCCUGGACCUACAGGCUUCCUUCCAGAGCUCUGGUCAGUCAGAGGGACUAGGACCAGGUCCUAGAAAGGAGAGGGAUAUCCACAGUGCUGGGGCUAGGAGGGUAACAGUAGGCAAAGAGGAACGCAAAGGUGGUCCAGGCAGUCGUUCUGGAAGCCGAGCCGGGAGCAGGACCGGUCAGAGGACCAGUACCAACAAGCGGCCCAGUACCAGGGAGUCACAGCAGGAGGGACCCUUGGAGGUCAUCAAAGACCCCCCGACCAAGUCCUGGAUGCUGGAGCACGUGACGGAGGUGGUUUAUCUCGCAAUGCAGAUCCAACUCGGAGACCAGGUGGAGAAAGGGUUGAAAGCAGUGGAUGGCGGAGAGAAGGAAUCAUUGAAGGAUAUGUUGGCCAAGGUGAACAGCAGUCUCCAAUCAGCUGUGGUCAUGCUGAAAGGCAUUGAAGAUGAUAAAGAGAAGAAAGCAAGACUCAGAAAGGAGCUCAGAAAAGAAGCUAAUAACAAUGUGGAUAACUCUGCAGCUGACAACAGCACGGUGGUCUCACAGACAGGUAGACAGAGCUCUCAUUCAUACCGGGGUUCACAAUGGAGUCUAAACGAGCUAGCGAUCCCACAGCCUGCCACGCCCAUACAGGAAGAGGGCAGCAUACACUCGGUCAUCAACGAGGAGGCCAGUGACGUCACUGGCGAAAUAAAGAGCCAACCCGUGGACACCAUGAAAGUGGACACCAUGAAGGUAGACACCAUGAAGGUCGUCCUCCCUCCCGAGAGGCCAAAGGUCAAGGUUGUAAUCGAGGAGCAGGUCGAUCGGACCGAGCUGAAGCUUCUUCUCUUCCCUGCUCAGAUACAGAAGAUCAGCAACCUGAUAUCCCUCAUGGCCCAUCAGAGGGACAUCAUUAACAGAUUUGAGAAGAAACAAAAUGAGACAGGCAAGCUUGCUGACUGCUUUGAAUGGAAGAGCCAGCUACGAUACACCUGGGAUGAAAGCAGCAGUAACCUGAAGGUCAAGCUCCUAGAUGCAGAGUUUGACUAUGGAUUUGAAUACCAAGGAUCGGCAGCCCGCCUAGCCUUCCUUCCAGGCACAGAGAAGAUGUAUUACAGCAUGGCUAGCACGGUCAAGAGUCACUCUGCAGCCAUGUGUGUAGGAUCUAAUCUGAGUGGACGGGUAGAGACGGCGAGAGAGCUGAGCCGUAUUGUAGGUCAACCGCUGUAUGUCUUCAACUGCACUAAGACUAUGGAUGCUCUGAUGCUGGUUGAUAUCUUCAGGGGGUUGGCAUCCACUGGAGCUUGGGUGUGCUUCAACAACCUUGCGCACAUCGUCCCAGGUGCACUGAGCGUCCUCAGCGAGCUCCUCCAGACGUUCCUGGAAGCUCUUCGUGCAAAGCGCCCUCACAUCACAUACGCUGCCCUCGGUGAGGAGAUCGCCCUCAAUCCCUUGGGGGCGUGCUUCGCCACCUUGGACAGUGCCCUCCAGGCUCCGUCCAUGUCAAAUAUAGACCGCCAUCUGGUGUUGAACUCUACCAUGUCCAUGCUUCCGUCCGACUUGACCGGGCUGUUCAGGACAGUGUCCAUCACCAAUCCUGACUUCAGGAUUGCCAUGGAGAUCAUCUUACUAUCACAAGGCUUCAGACAGGCUUCUGAUCUAUCUACCAGACUAGCUUCACUGAGAGAGAUGUACAUCAAGAUCAUUCCAACAGGCCUCACAGUCAACAAUGACAACAAACUCAGGAAUGCAGCAUAUGAAGGCCCCCAUGGAUGGAGUAUUCGUAACAUGAGGAAUAUCAUCACUGAAGCAGGUAAUCUACUGGAUGAGCUACAGGCUAACUACAUGGAAGAAGAAUACCAAACAGCUUUGGCUGAGUUGGUGAGCAUUGAGGACAGGGAUCCGCUGCAGUUCGUUGCUGAGGAAGAUCAAUCAGAAGAGAAAGACGAAGAAAAGCAAAAUGAAAAGGGGACCUUUGAGCUACCUGAGACAUUGGCCAAGUACGAGAGUGAGGCCAUCGUGAGCGCUCUCCGUAACACCUUCAUGCCCCGCCUCCACGGCAGUGAUGCUGAGAUGUUUGUUACCAUGGUAACGGAUGUCUUCCCGGACACGCCGGUGGACAUGGGCUUUGGAGGAGUCGACCCAUCAGUUGGCAAGAAAUCCGACAUCAUAAGCCUGAACACUCCUGUUGUCACAGCCCAGCCUGCAGGCAAGCUGAUACAGAGCUACCUCCCUAACAGCGGAGGAGAGAAACAAUACCUUGAUGACAUCCACUCCGCUAUCGCCGUGGCAACCAACGAGCUAGGCUUGCUACCAGGCACCUCGUUCCAGGCUCGUGUUGCUCAGCUAUGUCAGCUCACCAGUACACAUCAAACGGUGAUUGUUACUGGACCCCCGGGCUGUGGUAAAAGUGAGUGUAUCAAGACGUUGAUGAUGGCAGAGAGAGAGACCGGUAAGAUGGUGACAGCCCAUAGGAUCUUCCUUCAAGCGGUGGAGUCUGUGGAGCUCCUCGGCAGUGCUGAUCCAGAAACAAAGGAAUGGCGUGAUGGUCUAUUCAUCGCUUUGCUUCGUAAGCUGUGCCUCAUUCCCAAAGCAGACUUCAGCCAAACCAAACCUCACAUAAAGGCUAUGCAUCUAGAUGGAGAGAUAAAUCCCACUCAGAUGGAGAUCUUCAGUUCUCUAUUUGAUCACGACGGAACCUUAGUUCUAGCCAACAAUGAGCGUGUUCACAUACCGGAUAAUUUCUCCAUUUUCUGGGAGAUUGAGAGCAUGGACCAGCUUAGUCCUGGUCUACUCUCCCGGGUAGGCCUACUCUCUAUGGACCGGUCCGACGUCAGCUGGGCCCUGCUCCUGACCACCUGGCUUGACCGACGCCCAGAGAAGGACCAGGACAUCCUGAAGGCCCUGACCGACAUGUACCUUGGUCCAACCUUUGAGUACCUAGACCUGUGUCUUAGACCAGCUGUCAUGACGACCAGUAAACAGAGGAAGAGGCCCAAGAUGAAGAGGAUAGUAGAUACCAGCGAGAGCAAUAUGGUCCUGACUUUCUGUGCCAUCUUGGAUGCCAUCAUAGCUCAGAACACAGAGCUGAGCGAUGAGCAAUAUGAGCGCUACGUCAGCUUUGCUGCGGUCUGGGCGUUGGGUGGAACCCUGGAGGAAAAGCACCGUUCAACCUUCAGCCACUGGUGGCGCUCUAAAUGGGAGAAACGUGAGAUUUAUCCUGAAGAAGGGGAGGUCUUUGAUUACUUUGUGGACAGUGAGAGCGGUGAGAUGGUGAUCUGGUCCGAGGCUGUACCACCUUACAGCAUGCCACCACACGAGGGCAUCCCACUUGAUGCCUUUGUCCACACUGUCACCACAGAGCAAAUUUCCUAUCUGCUUGGUCUACUCUCCGAUGCUGGUAAACCAGUGAUGUUGGUUGGAGAGGCCGGCUGUGGCAAGACGGCUAUCAUCAAUGAUCGUAUCCGUACUGUAUGCUCUGGAGAGGUGGCUGAGGUCCUGGCACUCACUGUCACUGCUAACAGGUUCACGACAAGCCGUGUCUUGUGGCAGCGGUUAGAGGAAAGGCUUGAAUGGCGUCAUGGUCGGACAUACGUUCCUAAGGGAAAUAAGAAGCUCAUGUGCCUUGUGGAUGAUCUCAACUUAGCUUAUGUCGAUCAGUUCAAUCAUCAGUCGGCCUCAGCCAUGGUCAGACAGCACCUGGACUCUGGCGGUUUCUACGAACCGGACACGCAUCGUAUGCGAGAGGUCAAGAACGUGACCUACGUGACAACAGUCAACCCCAUGACCCCGGCCAGCGUACCAUCCCUUAACCCGAGGCUUGUCAGGCACUUUGCUGUGCUCGGCAUGCCGUAUCCAAAGAAUUCAGAGGUGCAUUAUAUCUUCACCACCCUUCUUCACACUCACUUCCUGACUCCAGCUACAACCUCGUCUAAUGCUAACAGAGACCACAAGAAACAGCACUUGAUCGACAAGGAAGAGGAGAAGUUGAGGGCGCUAAUCUCGAUGAUGGUCAACGUGACGAUCGAGGUCCAGGAGAGGAUGAGGAGUAUGUUCCUUGCCACCGCUGAGAGAUGCCACUACAUCUUCUCUCUAAGAGACAUGAGGAGACUCUUCCAGAACAUCUGUCUCUCCCUGAGACCCGGCACCAAUCCAGACAACCUCCUGUUGCUAUGGCGACACGAGUGUGAGUGGGUGUACGGUCAGCGGCUGGUCAGUCCGGUCGACUUUGACCGUUAUCAGCUGGCUUUCGUGACCGCGGCUCGCAAGGAAUUCACUGCCGAAGAACCGUCUGAAUCAUAUAGCCCAGGCCGCAAUGCACGAUGCGUUAUGAAAGGAGAGAAAGUGCUCCAGCUGACCAUCUCGCCCGACCAGCCUCUCUUCAGCAACCUCGUCCAGCAGGACUCCGGUAUAGUCACCGCCGGUGGGUACCGCAGCUCCCAGCAAGCCACCAGCAGCACCACUGGGUCGGAGGUGGAGAACACCGACCAGUACCAACCAUGCUCGGAGGUCGCCGGCGUCCAGAGGCUGCUCCAGGAUGCAGUGGAGGAGUACAACAAGGGACAUCCAAAGAUCAAGCUGACUCUGUAUAAGGAAACCAUCCAGCGUGUCUGUCGUCUGGCCCGCAUGAUGAUGUCAACCCACGAGGUAGGCCACGCCCUCCUGGUUGCCGAUGGUAACCCGGGUCUGAGCAACCUCUUUGCUCGUCUAGCAGCCAGCCUGUGUGGGUUCAGCGUGUCUGAGAUCAGUGCGGCCCCUGAGGCAUCGUCUAGGAACUACAAGAUAGAUCAGUUCAAGGCUGACCUUGUGGCCAUGUACACCAAGGCGGGAGUCAAGGGUGAGAAGCUACUGCUCCUUCUGACCGAAGAGGACCUCCACGAGGAAGACUUCCUCGUGUACGUCGGCGAGUUCGUUGUGACUGGCGCCAUCACGCAUCUCUUCUCCAGUGAGGAGCAGACGACCAUCAUCAACUCCAUACGCACCGAGGUCACUGCCGCAGGGCUCACCUAUACGCGGGAGACAGCAUGGAACUUUUUCCUCAAGACCGUGAGGAACAACUUCCGGGUGGUCCUGAUCUCCGCCGACACUGGCCAAGACUUCCAGCGAAGGUGCAGAGAGUACCCCGCCCUCACUGAGCAUCUCAACUGCCACUGGUAUCAGCACUGGACCAGGGAAAGGCUUGUAGACCACGCUAUGGCCUACCUGCAAGGUACUGAAGGGAUGAACAACAUCCAGCAGGAGAACCUAGCCCAUCUCCUAGCAACCAUGCAUCUUGCUAUCAGGCAGCUGGAUGGAGAGGAGAAGGGACCGGGAAGAUACAAGCAUCUCACCAACACUACUUAUGAGAAGUUUGUAGAAAGGUUUCUAUCGAUGUACAAGCAGCGACAAGCCAAGAUCCAUGAAGAACAUCUGACAGUCACCAAGGCUUUACACCACAUCAACAGAGAGAACAAGCUGGCCAUGAGGCUCCAGAAACAACUAGAACAUGAGCUUGUUGUACUGGAAGAAAGGAAAGAAGGAACCAUAAAGCUACUGUCACAGAUUGGUCAAGAUAAGGCCAUAGCAGGACAACAGGUAAAGAUCGUCCAGAAACAACUGGACAGUCUGCUCAAGCUCAAACAGGCCUUACCAAAGUACGCUCUAGCCCACGAGAGGGCGGUGUACAAGACUGUCGCAGUGGUAGCAGACACCAAGAAGGUGGUCCAGACGUUGGACGUGACGAGCCUAGGAGAGCUCAGAGGAAUGCACAAACCAGAUGUAGACAUUGAAGAUCUGCUGGCUUCCAUUAUUAUGAUACUGAAAUCUCCCUCAUCUGAUUUGACCUGGAGCAAAGGAGCUAAACGGCAGAUGGCAAACAUUGAAAGAUUCAACGAGGAACUUGCUUCCUUUGAUGACUCAGAGCUUCCGGAGUCCACUCUGAACCUGGUGGAACCGUACCUUAAGAAGUCCUCCUUCCAGGCCAAGAACAUGCUGAGGAAGAACAACAACGCCGCUGCUGCCUCUCUCUGUAACUGGGUACGAGGGGUCUGCAGAUAUCACCGUCUGAUGAUCUCGAAGGUGAAGCCGCUUCACAGGAAGGUUGAAGAGACGAGAGUGGCCAUCGAGGAAGCGGAACACAAGCUCUCCAUGCUGGAGAACAAGAAGAAGGCUCUGGAGGAGAGACUCACGGACCUUGCGCUCAGCUUCGAGAGUGCCACGGUGGACAAGAAUGACCAGGAAGACUUGUCCAGAAAGAUGACCAAACAGCUGGACACUGCCAAUAGAUUCAGACAUAUUCUAGCAAUGGAGCAUCAGCAUUGCCUCCAGAUCUGCCAGUCCCUCCCCCAGCGAGAGUUUGCCAUCUCCGGUGCCAUUGCCAUGGCAGGGGCCUUCACGACCUACCUGGGACCCUACGACCCCAAGUUCCGUCGAUCGGUUCUUACGGUCCAUUGGCCGCUGUGCCUUCAAGAGAGAGGUGUUCCUCUUGUCAUCGAUGCCAUAGAUCCUAUGAAAGGUUGGAUUGUUGAAUGGGCCAUCCAUACGUCCCCCAAGACCCGGGCCAACACCGGAAUGGGUAGCGCUCUCCCGCCAUUAGACUUCGGCCAGCGAGACAGCGAAGGAACUCCAGCGCAACGCCAAGAAGAUGACAGCAAGACGCCGGUGAACGAAGGAGAGACAGAGAUUGAAGGACAGACGGAGAAUGAAGGAAAGACAGGAGAAGAGGAUGGUGAGAAGAAGGAAGAGGAAGGAGGGGAUGAAGGAGGAGAGGAUGAUGAGAAGAGUCAAGAGAUGAAGGAGAAAGAAGAGGAGAUGAAUGCCUUACUAUCUCAGACACAAGAGGGCCAAGACACCCCACGUAACGAGCAGCCCGCAGCACCGGCUGCAGAGGAACCCCCGCGAGGCUUCACAGCUCUCAGUGAGAUCGCAGAAAGCCAGCAUGCUUACGAUGUAGAUGCAUUCCCUCAGAUAGGGAGCGCAGAGUACCAGCGCUACGUCCAGUCACUCAUCAAACUGCUGGUGGGAGAGAAGUGUGUACACGACUGGGGAACUAAAGGCCUUAGCUUGAGACAGAUGGAGAACCUUGCCAUCCAGAAGUCGUCAUGGCAACGACCUCCGUACCUGAUUGACCCUGACAUGGAGGGAGUGCGUUGGUUACGAAGAAUGAUCUACCAGGAAAGACUUGUGAACAUUGAUAUGCAGACAAGAUGGAGACAUCAACAAAUCCAUGUGUAUUCUAAAGACACAUUUGAAUUCCAUGUGGAAAACAAGAUUGGGUUCGACCCAUCCAUGGUGGUGCGUAUAGAGAAGGCCAUUCUAGGAGGGCGCCCUCUGUUGAUGAUGAACAGUGUAGACUGUGUGGAUUCCAUGUCAGCUCCCCUCAUCCACCAUGCCAACCAUGGCACUGAAGAGGGCGGUAGUGGAGACGCUCGUCUCAUCAAAUACUGCGGACGCAGGUUACUCGGUCACGAGAACUUCCGUGUCACCAUGGCUACCACCAACAUGUACCCCAACUUCAGCGCCAGAACGGCGUCAGCGACGACCAUGAUCAACUACAACGCCUCUCCUGAGAUGCUACGAGAAGAGCUUCUGGAUAGAGCGUUCGCCAGAGUCAUGCCCAUGCUGUACUUGGAGAAGAAGAAGGUGUUGAGAGCUAUUCAGCAACACAAGGAAACCUUACAGUUCCUGGAAGACAAGCUCCUCCAAGUCCUCGAGGGUGAGGUCUCCUCCCAGGAGAUCACCACCCACACUGAGUACGUGUCCUCCAUCGUCGACCACAAGGAGACCGUCUUUGCCCGUCUGGAGGCCGCGGAGCAGGCCCUCUUCCAGCUGGAGCGCAUCAGGGACCAGCUGCUGCCGGUGUCCAAGAGGGGCGCGAUGCUGUACUCCGUGGUGCAGAGCCUCCAGGGCAUGCAAAGGGAGUAUAGGGUCUCGCUGCCUAUGUUUCUUUGGAUGUUUGAUCAAGCAGUGGGAGAGGAACUGCCCCCAGAAGUAGCCCAGGAGGAAGACUGGCAUGAUGCUGCAACUGGAAGUGAUGAUGAAGAUGAUCCUCGUCAUGGUAAAGUGGCUCCACCUCCCAGGCUUAGUAGCGCCUCGACACGCAUCUCUGAGAAGAAGAUUACCAUCCCUGAUGGAGGAGGAGAGGGGCAGGAGGCCGGAGCAGAAUCAGCCGCUGAGGAAGACGAAGACAGCACUGAAGGCCCUGCCGGCACGUCAGUCCCAGACAUAGUGAUUCCUGAUGUACCAACCUUCCCUUCAGGAGGCUUGGAAUACACCAACCUCUCUGCUAACCAGGUCAAACAGCUUGUCGACUGCCUCACACAGACAGUAUUCCAGAAUGUUAGACAGAGCCUGUACGAUGAGCACCGUCUCCUGUUUGCCACCCUGCUCUGCAUCAAUAUCCAGUAUGAGACAGCAAACAUCUUCUCUGAAGAAGAGCUAGCUCUGCUCCUACAAGGUAACCCUGGACUGGGCACCAUGGAGCUGACCCUGCUUGACUUCGGAUGCGACGCCCCGCCCCCCACCUUCCUCCCUCCCGACAAAUGGGAGGACAUCCUUGCCAUCUCGGUCCUCCCCGGUCCCCUGGACUCCCUCUGCAUCCAGAUGGCAGAGAUGCCUGAGAAAUGGGAAGAGUGGUAUCAAUCGUCGGAGCCAGAGAGGCUUGCGCUGCCUCUUAGACCAGCUACAGGUGAAGAGCGUCCAGUAGACGAGCAGGGCCAGACUUCCCCCCAGAGCAGUCCCGACCUCGGCAGUCUCAACGAGUUCCACCAGCUCAUCCUCCUGCGUCUGCUCCGCCCUGACCGGUUCCCCGCCGCCGCCUCUCGUUACGUCCAGCGCCACUUGACCUGCGUCAAGCCCCUGCCGUCUGCCGUCGGAAGCAUUCUGGGUAGCGCUACCCGCUCCCUGGCGGUUAUGGUCUUGAUGCCGCCGUCGCCAGCGGGAGGGAACAAGAGGCUACCCAGUGAGCUCAAGUCUAGCACAAGGCCAGUCGAUAUCCUGCAGACGUAUGCACAGAAAAAGAGCAUUCCGUACGAGCGAAUCGCCAUCAACGAAGGCACGGAGCAUCAGGUUGCCAUGGCGAUAGACGCGAUCGCUGACAAAGACGGUUGGUUGGUGAUAGAGGACCUUCAUCUUGCCUCCAAUCUCUUCCUCUCUAACCUGAAGGGGCAACUUAUCAGGGUUGGAAACACAGGAGGCGCAUUGGGACUGAACCCCAUCGCAGCCAACAGCCAAUCCCGCUUCUGCAUCUGGUUGACCUCUGAACCCUCGGGUCGUCUCCUUGACGACCUCCUCCAAUCAGUACGUAUCAUCUCCUGGGACGUGAUUGGUCCUCAUCUGCUGGAUGAGCAGGAUGGCUCCACCAGCAACAUGGAGGUGGUUACUCUCUCGCAAGAUGAUAUACUCAAGACAGAAACAGCUACCAUCGCUGCCCUGAAGUCUGUCGACCCCUCCACCUGGCAGUCUCUGGCCGAUCAGAGCACCGCCCUCAGAGGCGUGGUGUACGGAGCCUGCGUCAUCCACGCGGUCCUCUACGCCCGUCAGAUGUACGGCGCUCGAGGUCUGUCCCAGUACCAGGCUUUCAGCAAGGUCCAGGUCAAUCACAGCUUAGAGGUCAUCCUGGAGUCAAGGUUCAAGGAAGAAGGAGGUCAGGCUGGGGGUGAUAGUCUGGCUGAGCUCUGUGGUCUCAUCUCUGAGGUUGUCUAUGGGAACAUGCUGACCGAUCCCUGGGACCACCUCUACCUGACGACCAUCGUCAAUCACGUCUUGACCGCUUCCAGCCACUCCAGUAGCCAGCUGGUCCUGGGCUCCGUGACCGUGCCGACCCCUCCGGCCAACGUGGAUGCCACGGACUAUGCCGGAUGGCUGGAGGAGAAGUGGGAUGAGGAGAUCGGCACCACGGAGGCGCUGAGUCUGGAUGAUGGGGUUAAGAAGCUGGUCAACAAAGCAAGUGGUCUUGACUUCUUGAUGUACCUUGACAACCUGUACGAGAUCCAGCACUCUGGCCCCAGGGGAUCAUCCAACGUACCCUCCCAACCCCAGUUCAACUCCACCAAGAUCUCCAACGCCAUCGACUCCAUCACGGAGAGGCUGCCCUCUAUUGUUGACCUAGGAGAACUGCCCAUUCACAUCGUCAACGAGGCGGAGAAGUACACGUUCCCGUACCAUGCGCCCUCGCUUAUGAGUUUGCUGAGUGUGGCCAGCGUGGAGAUGCCGCAGAGCAUUGGCUUUGUACUACUUCAGGAGUGUCACUGGUACAACUCCUUGCUGUGCCACGUCAAUCAGAGUCUCCAUGAGGUUGAGUGCUGCAUGCUGCAGGGGCAGUACGCCAUGAAGCCAUCCAUCAGACAUCUUGCCAUGGCCCUCCAGAGAGAUGCCGUACCCGCCAGCUGGGUUCAUCCCAACAGACAACCCAGCGGGCAUACGCUCAUCUCAUGGGUCGCAGACCUGAAGAAGCGCCAUGACCAGAUGCAGGCUUGGAUCAAGGAAGGCAAGGUGCCCCGCUCCGCCCCUGACGUUGCUCCCGUCCAGACCGAACCCAGGGGUCAUCUCCUGUCUGUCUGGAUGGGAGGAUUGGUCAACCCAACGGCCGUCAUCACUUCACUACGACAGGAGAAGGCUGCCCUUGCUGGCUGUCUUAUGUCAGAGGUUGGUAUCUCGUGCGAGGUGUCCCGCUCUCUGACCGAAGAUAGCUUUGACAUCAUCCACCCUGGGGGCAUGUAUAUCAGAGGAGUCUAUCUGGACGGAGCUAGGUGGGAUCUAGAACAUGGCUGCUUAGCACCGGCAAGCUCCUCACUCUCAUCCAUGCCCGGCAUGUACAUCCGACCAAUACUCCUUGAUCAAGAACCAGAGACUGCUCGGAGCUCCGAGUCCAAUAACGACGAAGCGAGUCAAGAGCAGCCGUCUUCCGAUGCAGGAGAGAAGGAAGACGAUGAGAAGCAACGUCCUCCGCAGCUGGGUGUCUAUCAGUGUCCAGUCUUCUUGAAUCAGUCAAGACAGGUGUGUGUAUUCACCCUUGACCUUGCAUGCCCUCUGCCUGUAGAACAGUGGACGAUGGCGGGAACAGCUCUUAUUCUGGAUCCAGAAGCACCUGUGAAUGGAGCCAGGAAAUGGCCACAGCCCUCCAUGCAGCAUUCGGUAAGAACCAUCGAGGAGGCAGCGGUGAAGCAGAGCGAAGAUGGAACAAGUGAGCGGGGUGCACCCUCCCAAGCCUCUCGCCCGUCAAUGGGGAGCAAACCUGGUAGCGCCACCGGCGUCAGGGCCGGCUCGGGUUCCAGGCACUCUGCAUUGAGCCGACCAUCCAACAGCAGACAAUCGGCGAGGUCCGAGAAGAAGGUGACCAUUGAGGAGAAGGACGAAGAGGAAGAAAAGAAACAGGAUACAGUCCUAGAAGAAGAGGAAGAGGAAGUGCAGAUGGAUGAUGCCUUCGAGUUGGAAGAAAAUGCUGAGCUGAUGCUGACUGCAAGGUCCAUUGAGCAGGAGAGGCAAAGACAUCUCAAGUCCACCUUCGACUACAGAGACGUCUCAGGUUCUGGCAACGGUGCCGACCCUGCUGAGCAGGAUGAGCUGGACAAUGAGAAUGCUAACAAUGAUGUGGAUGAGGAUGAGGAUGAUUAUGAUGGAGCGAGUGAGAGGUCGUCCACCAGGAGUUCCCGGCAUUCUUCAAGGGCUUCAAGUGCUUCUGCUAAGGAUGAGGAUGUCAGGAAAUAUUCAGAUGAGGAGGAUGACAAGUAUUCUGAUCAUGAAGAGGAAGAGAAGAAGGAACCUAAAAGGGAUAAAGAAGACUUCUCAGAUACAGCGUCUCAGAAGAGUGGGCAGUCAAGGACAGGUGGAGAGGCACGAAACUCUCCAUAUGGAAGCCAGAAUGGAUCCAGACACAGUGUAAAACCCAAGGAUGAUGUCAGUGGUUCAAAGACAAGCCUUCAGUCUAAGAAGUCUUCAAAGAAGGAUGAAGACAAAGCCUCAAGGAAAAGCCUCAAGGCUGCUGAAGACAUUUAUGCUUCGGACAAAGGGUCCAGGAGGACUGGGAGUGGUGGAUCCAGGAAGAGUCUACCAAAGACCAGCAAAGAUCGGGCAUCAUCGGCAGAGUCGAGCAAGUCGGAAGGAAGAGAUUCAGUCAAUGGCGAUGCCAGUCCGAACCAAAGCAAGGAACUCCAACCCAGACCUUCCCUGCAAACGGUGAGGCCUCUGACGACAAGAAAGAACAUCACGGAUCCAAGGAGUCUUUGAACUUCUUUGAGCAAGCCAUUGAAGCGAUUGUCGGUGAUGGAAGCAGUGACGAAGAGGGCAAGACGAGAUCUAAGGAUGUCAAGUCCGCUGCCAGCCAUGGUAGAGUCAGUAGUCAGGGUAGGGCUAGCAGAGGGGUAUCAGGAAGUAGAGCUUCUGACCAGAGAAGCCUCUUCAACAAGGACGAUCCAGAUUAUUAAGGCUUGUCCAAGCUGUUUUCUACCCUAUGAGAAGAACAAACAUGUAAAUUUGAAUAAAACCUGCUGAUAUAUAUAUAAAAACAAAUAUUGAAAUGAAGUGUUUUUAACAAAGUUAUGAUGACUAACCAGUGUAUAUAUUGAAUAUGCAUUUACGUUUUAUAUUAUUGCGAUAUAUAUCUAAACCUGAAUUUCCUAUCAGAAUAUAUAUAUAUAUAUAUAUAUACUUGUACAUAUUGUUGAUGAAAGUGUAUUUUUGAUUUUGUUUAUACACGCAGAAGUUUAUUAUACGAGAAGUGUCUAUGCAAUUUAUUCUUCUGAAGAUUGGAGGGAAGUGGAGUGUGUUCUUUUACAUUUUUUGUCUUGAUGAUAUGCUCUUGAAUAAACUUAUCAAAUCAGGAUAGGUCAUUGAAAGUGGACCUCAUAAAGCUCCCGGCUAUAAUCCUCAAUAAGAAUUAUUUGUAUAAAUGUACAUUAUAUUUGUAUAGAAGAUCAUUACAUUCCCAGAAUUGUUCAUACAAAGAUCAUUUUCAUAUGUAUUAUAUCUGCACUAGUAGAUGUACCUGCCUCUAGGCAAAUAUACAUAAUUCAAUGUACGUGUUUAAUACUUACCUAUUUCUCUGAAAUGUAAAUAGUCAUUAUUGUAAAGAUUUAAUUUUUGUUUUGUAGUAUACAUAUACGUAUUGAUGGAAAGUUUAUUUGCAGUAAAAAUUGUCAAAUGAAAUUUGAAAUAUGGAUGAAUUGUGAAUUUCCUUGACACUUUUUUUUUUGCAUCGAUGUUGAAUUUCCGUCCUGUCACCACUAAUCAUCACUCUCAUCUCUCAUUAUAAUCAUUAGCCUUUUAUCCUCUUAACCAGUUAGAAACCUAAUAUUUAUUUCAUCAAGUGCCACAGGCUAUUGAAUGUGUAUUGCCCAUUUGUUAUCUCUUAAUGUCAAUGAUUAAGAAUGCAUUUGAGGAAAGUUUGGCUUUCUGUCAAGCUCUUAAAAAUGAGCAAAAAUUAUUAUAAUAAUAUGAUAGGAUAUACAAUACUACGCUGUAUUAUGUAUACCCCAGUCUUUCUCUGUGUAUUCGAGACUAAUUACAUGCACCCCAAUUGCAUGAAUGAAUUGCAUGCAGUUUGAAUCUAUAUAUGCUAUUAAAGCCGUCCAUUGUGAUUUGCUGUGAAAUUGAUUUGAAUGGGAAAAAAAAUCUUUAUCUGUUAAUAAAAUGUUUACUGAAUUACUAAA